AUGGCUUAUAAACAUAUUAUCGAGGCCGUAAAUAGGUCAUUUCAGGAUAUAAUGAAAUUAGAUAAACCGUUUGGUGACAAUACGUCCUUUAACCGAACAUCAUUUGCUCAAAAUGCAAUUCUGACCCCUAGAAACGUAAAUGUCGAUUCUAUAAAUAUUAAAUUGAUUAACAAAAUUCCGGGGGAUUUAAUUACAUACAUAAGUGCUGAUGAAACGAUAAUCGAGGAUGAAGCGACGUUUUAUCCCACUGAAUUUUUAAACUCUUUAAGUAUAUCAGGAUUACCACCUCACAAACUUUUACUCAAAGUCGGGGUACCUAUAAUAUUAAUGCGUAACUUAAAUUCUGCUUCUGGCGGAAUUGUUUCUGGUAGUUUUCUCAGUACUAAAGUUCUCAUACCUAGAAUAAGUUUAAUUCCGACAGAUUCUGGCUUGCCAUUUUCCCUUAAGCGCCUCCAAUUUCCCGUGAGACCUGCAUUUGUCAUGACAAUAAUAAAGCUCAGGGACAAACGUUGA